AUGAGAACUAAAUUAUUGGUUCUAUUUUCACUAUUAAUUCCCAUACCUAUUGCGCUGUUGUUCACAUACCCUCGUUAUACUGAACAAGAUGAUUUCAAUAUGCUGCAACAGUAUUUAUCCAUCAAAGACGAUCGUUUAUCGGCCAUGACGUUUAACAUUCGACUCGAUGGAAUCGAACGUGACCCAAAUAAUCAUUUCACAAAGAGAAUUUCUCGUUUGACAAAAACAAUUGAAAGCUGGCAACCAGCUAUUCUUGGUGUGCAAGAACCAUUUGCUGGUCAAUUAUUACAUUGGAAAUCUCAUCUGCCGAACUAUUAUCAAUACGUUGGAUAUCGAUAUCACAGCAUGAACAAAAAUCAUCAAACUAUAUCGUCCGAACAAGAUUUUCAAGUUGCUAUCUUAUACAACGAACAAAGACUAGAAUUACUUGAACACGAUUAUUUAUGGUUAUCGAAAACACCACGAACGGUUGGAAGUAAAGAUUGGAAUAGUCGCGGUGUGCGAACGUUGAAUAUUGCGCGUUUCAAACUAAUCAAUACCGAUCUUCCGACAGAAGUUCUCGUUUUUAACACACAUUUAGAUGUUGAAAGUGAACAAGCUCGUCAAGAACAAUCAAAACUAAUCCGCUCAACAAUUAAUCAAUGGCAACAAAAGCAUCCGUCCGCUGUUGUUCUAUUAUUGGGCGAUUUUAACUCCAUGCCAAAUCAAACUACGUAUCAAAUCUUAACAUUUUCCAAUUUCCUUCGUGACACUUGGACAGAAUGUAAAUCUCACGCAACGGAUUGUCUAUCAAAUUUAUUUUCGUCAACAUUUCACGGCUGGUUUGGAGCAUUAGUUCACACGUACGGAAUCCAACUACUGCAAACUAUCCUGUUCACUUUCCAUGGCACCGGUGUUCAACUACCGUACAACAUUCCUACACAUUACUCAGAUUAUAUUGACGUUAUCAAAGAAUUGUUCAAAUUUUGUCGUCUACUCAAUUGGUCGGAUAUGAUUUCAUCAUGGUCUUCACAUCGAUUUCAUGUCGAUUGGAUAUUAUAUCGAAAUUCUCUUGACAAAAGUCGUUAUUUACAACCACGUUUUAUAUCGGUCGUUGACGUUCGAUCUGAAAAUUAUUCAUCAGAUCAUUUUCCUGUCAUUGCUUUAUUUGGCUAUCGAUCAUGA